ACUCUUCUCCCUUUGUUCAUCAUUCACCAUGAGCCCUGCAUCAGAGUUUAUUACCCAUUAAAAUCGCCGGUUAAAAGUGAUAUAAAACAUUAAAAAUUCUACAUGUAGUUUUUAGUGUUGAAUUUGAUAAAAAAGUGCCUAGAAAAUGAUUUUUUAUUAACAAAUUCAUUUACCUUGGUGAUAAAAAAAUAAAUUAAAACCAAAAAAAAAAUGGAUCCACUCGAUCUUUUUAAGCCAAAUACGAAAUUCAAGCGAGUUUAUAUGGAACCAAGAACUAGUCAGAGAUACGUCCCAACGAAUAUGGAGGCGAUUGAUCGUGAACUGGAAGCAUUAUAUCCUCAAACUGUUCAGGAAAAUAAGGAAUACGUCGAAGAAUAUGUUAAAGCUGAAGAACGAAGAAUGCUUGACGAAGCAAGUAAUUUUGAUGGUCACGAUAAGACGAAAAAUUUUGAUGAAAUUUCACGUGGUACAUUACCGGUAAUGCAAGAAGUUCAAGACGAGGAACUUACGAAAAUUUACAAAACAUACAAUUUUGCUCAUCGUCAGAAUGAAAAUCUCUCGAUAUCGCCAAAGAAGGAGGAAAUUAUAGCAAUGAUAGAGACAAAUUCUGUGGUGAUAAUUCAAGGACCAACUGGAUGUGGAAAAACUACGCAAGUUCCACAAUUUUUACUAGAUAAUAGUUGUAAAAAACGAGUGCCAUGCAAUAUAAUUGUUACACAACCGAGAAGAAUAGCGGCAAUAAGUAUCGCGAAACGUGUGAGCAAAGAAAGAGAAUGGCCAUUGGGAACAUUGGUUGGCUAUCAAAUUGGAAUGAAAAGUUGCUUUUCAAAUGACACGAGAUUAACGUACUGCACGACUGGUGUAUUAUUGAGAAAAUUGAUAAAUUCCAAAAAUAUGCUCGACUAUACGCACAUUAUUUUGGAUGAAGUACACGAGCGCAGUCAGGAAAUGGAUUUUCUUUUACUUGUCGUUCGUAAAUUAUUGCGAACAAAUUCACGGCAAGUUAAAGUUAUUUUGAUGUCAGCAACAAUUGACGUUGAUAAAUUUGCCUCUUAUUUUCAAAGUCCAAUAAAAAAAGAUAAAAUGGGCAACGCGCCAAUUAUCGAUAUUUCAAAACGAAGUCAAUUUGACAUCAAUAUUUUCUAUCUUUGUCAAAUGGGUUCAAUUGCACCGUUGCCGGAAGUGUCCUAUGAUGAACCGCGUAUAUCGAGAGAGAUGAUGAAUUUCUGUUCGAAAUUAAUAAUUGUCUUCGAUGAAAUUGACAAGACUUGUCAGGAUUGCACCGAUGAGGAUGAUAACAAUGAUGAUGACGAGGACAAUGAUGGAGAUGAAAAUUCAUUUCAACGUCAUGUUGUUCUUGUAUUUAUGCCUGGUAUUUAUGAAAUUGAAGAGAUGCACGAUAUUUUAAAAUCGCCGAGUCAUCAAAAUUGGAAUUGGGACAUUGUUGUUAUGCAUUCGUCAAUAACAAGCGACGAGCAGGAGAAAAUUUUCCAAAAACCACCGCGCGGUCAUCGACGUAUUAUUCUCUCGACAAAUAUUUCCGAGAGCAGUAUCACCGUUCCUGAUGUUAGAUAUGUAAUCGACUUUUGUCUCACGAAACAACUCGUGAUGAACCCGGUUACGAAUUUUCAAUCUCUCGAACUUGUCUGGGCAAGUCAAGCAAAUUGUGAUCAAAGGGCAGGACGAACGGGUCGUGUAAUGAAAGGUCGCGUUUAUCGUCUAGUACCAAAAGAAUUCUAUCAGUACUUUCCAAAAGACAGCGAUCCAGAAAUGAUGCGUUCACCGCUCGAGUCACUUGUUUUGAAUGCAAAAUUAUUGGAUAUGGGCGAACCGAAGGAAUUAUUGGCACUGUCAAUGGAUCCGCCUGAUUUGUCAAAUUUAAAGCGAACUGUAAAACUUUUAAAAGAGGCCGGCGCCUUAUUUAAUGUCGAUGAUGAUUUCAAUGAUAGCGACGGGACAUUAACUGAUCUUGGAAGAAUAAUGGCCCAUUUACCAUUGGACAUUAGAAUUUCAAAAUUGAUCGCUCUCGGUCAUUGUUUUAGUAUUUUAACCGAUGCAAUAAUAAUGGGAGCGAGUAUGGCGACAAAAAGUAUGUUCAGCAAUCCGUUUCAAAAGAAACUUCAGGCGUAUAAUGCGAAAAUUACUUAUGCCGAUACAUCUUGCAGUGACUGCAUUGCCUCGCUCAAUGCCUUCAAGCUUUGGCAGCGGGAAAAGGCGAGUCGGCGAAUAACGACAAAAGCAUCGGAAAGUGCAUGGGCACAACGACAUUUUAUUCAAGUGCGUGUAUUACGUGAAAUUUUGCUUCUAAUUGGAGAUAUUGAGAAGCGUUUACAAAGAAUGGGAAUUGUCGAGAGUGUCGGUGAGAAUCGUGUUACUUGGAAUGAUAAUGAAUGGGCCUUUGUACAAAAAAUUAUACUCGCCGGAGCAUUUUAUCCAAAUUAUUUUGUGAAAAAUGCAAAAACACUUGAAGAAAAUGGAAAGAAUUCGCUGAAAAUGGUCGCUGGACUGGAUCCAGUGAAGACAGUAUUUCUUCAAGGUUGGCCCGAAAAUCAACCCGGUAAACUUUAUGCCAAACGAAUACAAGAAUUAUUCACUGAAUGCGCACCAUCGUCAAUUGAUAAAAUUUUCAUCUCCUUCGACAUUUCACAACGUAUUUACAUUCACUUUUGGAAUCGUGAGAGAAAAUUUGCCGAAGACGAUAGAGCUCCGGAUGUAACUGGAAAAAUUUCACCCGCAGUUUAUAGAGCGAUAAAAUUGCGUAAAGUAAACACAACAUUGGCGGUGAAGGUACUCGAUGAGAAUUCAUCGAUUGCAAUGGCAAGAGAAUUGAAAUUAAUUGGCGAUCGUGGACAAACAUUUUUUGACGAAAAACCAUUAAAUUUGCGUGCAAGAAAAAACUUUGGCAUUCGUCCCGUUUUACCAGGACUUGAUAUUUCAAUGAUAAGAUUGAAAAUAACCGAAGUCAUUGAUCCAGGACAUUUUUGGGCGCAAAUGAUUGACGACGAUUCACAAUUGAAACUCGAUUGUAUUCUAAAGCGUGUGAAUUCAAAAGACAGUUAUCUAGAACCAAUAAAAACAAUGCCAAAAAUUGAGACACUUGUCUUUGCGCCAUUUUCAAAUCAAGAUAAACGUUAUCAUCGGGCGCAAAUACAAAGUUAUAAAACUGAGAAAGGAAUACAAAUUGCAAACGUUUUAUACGUUGAUUGCGGUAAAAUGGCUUUGGUGCAAGUUAAAGAUUUACGUAUAUUGAAUGUAACGACGCCGCAGGACGAGAGGGACUUUGAUUUACCGGCGUUGGCGUUUGAAUGUGUUUUGGCAAAUUUACGACCGACAUUUAUGUCAAGUAUCAGUGGACAAUGGUCAUCGGAGGCGAAACGUGAAUUUGAUCAAUUGUUGCGCGGUGAGAAGAGGCCGAAAUAUAUUUUUGGUGAAAUUUAUUCUGUUGUCAAUUCUGUGGUUGCAUUGACAUUGCAUUGUAAAAAGUCAAUGGGCGAUAAUGUUGAGGCAAUAAAUGUGAAUCAGUAUUUAAUUGAGAAAAAUUAUGCUGAAUCAUUUGAGGAGGAUUAUUUGUCACGUUUUAAUCAUGAAUUGAGAGAGAAUUAUGAUAAUUAUGAGGCAUCGCAAAAGGAAGUUUUUGAGGAACAACAAUACGAUCAAUGCAGUACUAUGGAGAUACAUCCUGAGCCACCGAAUGAAAAGGAAUGCACGAAGACGAUUUUUUUGCGAGGUCCUUUCUCACCAUUGGAAAUUGAAUUGAUGCAUUUGACAAAUGCUGGGGCUUCGAAAAAGGUAAAUAUCGAUCAUCAAUCUGUGAAUUCGGUGCUUUUGGAUACGGCGCCAAAUGAUCCUCACGAUCGUCUCUUGGUUGCCGGUUUUGUUGGUGAAAGUCCAUCGGGUAAAAAUUUGAAUUUACGCGAAACAACAUUAAUGCCAAAUCUUCCGGGUCUAACGUCACUUUUAUCAUUAAUGUUUUGCCCACGAAUGGAAUUGAGACGCACUGCAACAAAAGGCGAUUAUGUCGGUGCUUUAUGUGGAUUGGGAAUUUAUCCCAGAAAGAAUGAUGACGAUCCAGCAAUUCCUUUAUUUAGGGAACAUGACAUGGAAAUUAAUUUCGAUGUGGAAAUAACCAAUGACGAUUUACUCGGGAUCAACAAACUGCGACAUUGGAUGAAUUUGUGUUUAACCUUUAAUGCAGAUUCGAAGGAUAAUAUGAGCGAUACAAUUGACUGUCAAACACAAAUUAAAAAGUAUUUGUUUGAGUUGAUGGACAGAAAGCGAAAAUCACAAAAGCCAGAAAUGGUGUUUCAUUUUAGUAAAUGGAAACUUUAUCCGGAAGCAGAUUUUCUAAUGCCCGGAAGACAAUCACUUGCGAGCAAAUCAGUUUAUCCUCUGCAUUGUGCACUUGAACUCGUACCAGAAGACGAGGAGAAGAAAUGUUUGCGGAAUAAUCAACUGGAAUUACUCGAACUCGCCAGAACUGAUAUGAGAAAUCGUCGAAAUGUAGACACAAAAUGUUUACUCUGUUCAGAGGAGAUUUUUGGAAUAAAUCAGCUGCGUGCUCAUUUAUUCUCCCAACAACAUCAGCAAGCAAUGAAGAGAAGUGGACUUAAAUAAAAAAUUCUCUCAAUGCUUUUGUCCAAUUACUGGAAUCUUCUUCCAAAAAAUAGUAUUAAUGGCAAGAAAGUGAAAUUUGAACACAAUUACUUUUCUUUAUAUAAUUAUAAAAUAUGUAAUAAAAGAAGAAUUUUCUAUUUUUUUACUGAACACUUUUGUUCAAUAUAAAAUUCGAAUUAUGUUUAGUUUAUAUAUUUAAAUUGUAAUAUUUACUUUAUUCUAUUGACAAAAAAAAAUGAGAUAGUUUUAUUUUAUGAACGAAUUUUUUUUUCUGCGAAAUGUUGUAUUGAAAUUGUAUUGUUUCUUUUUUUUAGUUUAUAUACCUAUAAACCUUUAAACUGUGAAAAUUGUAAUAAAAAAUUUAUAAUAGUUUCAUAAAA